AAAUUAUCCUACUAUAAUUUUCUAAUCACACAAACUCAAAAAUUAUGGAAAUAUUUUUUGUUCUUUUCCUUAGCUUAUUGAUCACAGUUCAUGGGAUUGCAGAAUAUGGUGUACAUGACAAGAUUGCUAUGCUUGGAGAACUUGAAAGCUUUGACACUUAUGAAGAAGAUGAAGUAGAAGAUUUUGAAAUGCCUUCAUGGACCAGUACUAAUUCUGCGCAUGUUCUUGUGAAUGUCGAUAGCUUUGGUGCUGCUGGAGAUGGAACUUCUGAUGAUACCCAGGCUUUCUUAAGUGCAUGGAAGCAGGCUUGUUCUAUGCAAAAAUCUGUCCUAUUAGUUCCUGAAGGACGUCGUUAUCUUGUUAAUGCAACAAGAUUUGAAGGACCCUGUGCUGGUAGAUUAGUUGUUCAGAUUGAUGGUACAGUAGUUGCACCAGGAGAACCGAAUGACUGGGAUCCAAAAUUUUCCCGGAGCUGGUUGAAUUUUCACAACUUGACAAGUGUCCUUUUCCAAGGAAAAGGGGUCAUUGAUGGGUCAGGCAGUAAAUGGUGGGCUGCAUCCUGCAAAAAGAACAAGACCAAUCCAUGUAAAGGAGCACCUACAGCACUAACAAUAGAAUCAAGCUCUUCGAUAAGGGUCAAGGGUUUGACUAUCCAGAACAGCCAACAGAUGCAUUUUGUUAUUUCCCACUGUGAUUCUGUGCGAGUGUCCAAUGUGCUAGUUUCGUCACCAGAAGACAGUCCUAACACUGAUGGGAUACAUAUCACUGGAUCAACAAAUGUUGCUCUUCUUGACUGUAAAAUUGGAACAGGGGAUGAUUGUGUUUCAAUCGUCAAUGCCAGUUCAAGUAUCAAGAUGAAGAAAAUUUAUUGUGGUCCUGGGCAUGGAAUUAGCAUAGGAAGCCUUGGUAAGGAUAACUCAACUGGCAUUGUCACAAAAGUUGUCCUGAGUGGAGCAUUUAUAAGGGGUGCAAGUAAUGGACUCAGGAUUAAGACUUGGCAGGGAGGAUCUGGCUAUGUCAAAGCAGUACGCUUUGAAAAUGUGAUGAUGGAAGACGUUGCAAAUCCUAUAAUUAUAGAUCAAUUCUAUUGUGACUCACCAAAUGCUUGCGGAAACCAGUCGACUGCUGUGCAAAUUAGUCAGGUGAUGUACCGGAAUAUUACUGGAACUACAAAGAGCAAAGAAGCCAUGAAGUUUGCUUGCAGCGACUCGGUUCCUUGCAGGAACAUUGUUCUCUCUAAUAUUGACUUGCACAAGAAGGAUGGCACAGCAGAGACAUACUGUAACUCUGUUACUGGUUUUGGUUUCGGAACAAUCAAUCCCUCAGCUGAUUGCCUUACCUCCAAUGACAAAGAUUAUUCCAAUCCUGAUGACAUGAAAAUUUCCCAACUCGGGGAAUCGAUUGAAGAUCACAUAGUUCAUACAGAGCUGUGAUUUUGCUUCCAUCAUAUUAUUAUAGGUACUAAUAUAGCAGCUUAGUAAUGGGUUUAUUAAACUCAAAUGGUAUUUUAAAUGAUGUAGAAUACAUACUUUAGGGAAAGGUGUUAGUUCCAUUUCUAAAAUUUUAAGUUUUCCUAUUUUCUUUUUCUGAUUUGGAUUGUAAUGAUGCAAUAGCAAUAUCUUAUUUGUAAUUGAUUGUUAUUAUUGAAGCAUUAUUGAAA